AGAAACGUCAUCCUGAAAGCGAAACAGGCUUUGCUCCACAAAGGAACCUUUCAGUCAGGUCAAAUGCGGCCAGCGCAGGGCCAACAGUGGGCACAGCAACGCCCCGAGCGCUAGCUGCUGCUGCGUGCGUGCGAGCGUGCGUGCGUGUGAGCGCGCGCCAGGUAAACGUCACAGCUCCGUGCGAGCGAGAGCCCGCCACACUUCCUCAAACGACGGAAUCGGAGCGUAAAACGGCAGCGAGCGGGGAGAAGACUCAGAAGUUGGUUCGGGCCGCCGCUCCGCGGAUCGAGGUGAGGUGAUCCUUGGACCUGUCACAAUGGCUCCUUUCUUGAGGAUCGCCUUUAACUCGUACGACUUGGGUAUUCUGCCUCCCUCGGCGGAUAAGCCCUUCUGUGCGAUCAAGAUAAAAGAAGCUCUAACAACUGAUCGAGGCAAGACGUUGAUUCAGAAAAAGCCCACCAUGUAUCCAGCCUGGAAGGCCUGCUUUGAUGCUCACAUAUACGAAGGUCGGGUGCUGGAGCUGCUCCUGAUGAGGACAGCGGACGAGGCGCUGGCCGAGGUCUCCGUGGGCGUGUCUGUCCUCGCUGAGCGCUGCAAAAAAGCGAAUGGACGGGCUGAAUUCUGGGUGGAUCUUCAACCCUCUGGAAAAGUCAUGAUGGCAGUGCAAUAUUUCCUGGAGGAUGUAGAUGCAGAGAGUAAGCAAGCUGUGAAGGAGGAAGAAGCUCCAACUCUGAACCGCAGACGAGGGGCCAUCAAGCAGGCCAAGAUCCACUUCAUCAAGAACCACGAGUUUAUCGCCACGUUCUUCCGACAGCCCACUUUCUGCUCUGUGUGCAGAGAAUUUGUGUGGGGACUCAACAAACAAGGCUAUAAAUGCAGACAAUGCAAUGCAGCCAUCCACAAGAAAUGCAUAGACAAAAUCAUAGGCAGAUGUACCGGGACGGCUACCAACAGUCGGGAUACUGUGUUCCAAAAGGAGCGUUUUAAAAUUGACAUGCCGCACCGUUUCAAAACCAACAAUUACAUGAGCCCCACCUUCUGUGACCACUGUGGGAGCCUGCUGUGGGGUCUGGUCAAACAAGGCCUGAAGUGUGAAGACUGCGCAAUGAAUGUCCACCAUAAGUGUCAAAAGAAAGUUGCAAACCUUUGUGGUAUAAACCAGAAGUUACUAGCUGAAGCGCUAACACAAGUCAGUCAGAAAUCCUCCACUCGCCGCUCCGACCCCAACCUUCCUCCUAUGCCUGAUAUUGGAAUUUACGAUGAAGUAAACAAGCUUGCUGGACUUGAGCUCAAUGAUGCGUCUCCCUACGGCAGACUGUGGGAAGGAUGCAGCCCACGGCCACAAUCUCGCAUAACCCACCUGACCCGCAUCAACGUGGACAACUUCAUCUUCCACAAAGUGUUGGGAAAAGGCAGCUUCGGAAAGGUCCUUCUAGCAGAGUUGAAGGGCAGUGGGGAAUAUUUUGCAGUGAAAGCUCUGAAGAAGGAGGUGGUGCUGAUGGAUGAUGAUGUAGAGUGCACCAUGGUGGAGAAGAGGGUCUUGGCUUUGGCCUGGGAAAACCCCUUCCUCACACACCUUUACUCCACGUUCCAGACAAAGGAACAUCUGUUUUUUGUCAUGGAGUACCUAAACGGAGGUGACCUGAUGUUUCAUAUUCAGGAAAAAGGACGUUUUGACCUCAACAGAGCCACGUUCUACUCGGCUGAGAUCGUCUGCGGUCUGGAGUUCUUGCAUUCUAAAGGGAUCAUCUACAGAGAUCUAAAGUUAGACAAUGUGAUGCUGAAUCAUGAGGGUCACAUCAAAAUUGCUGACUUUGGCAUGUGUAAGGAGGACGUGUUUGGUGAUAAUCGUGCCACAACUUUCUGUGGAACUCCUGACUACAUCGCCCCAGAGAUUCUGCUGGGACAGAAGUACUCAUUCUCAGUGGACUGGUGGUCCUUCGGGGUGUUGCUGUAUGAGAUGCUGGUGGGUCAGUCACCGUUCCAUGGAGACGACGAGGACGAGCUGUUUGAGUCCAUCCGCAUGGACACGCCCCACUACCCCCGCUGGAUAAACAAGGAGGCCAAAGACCUGCUUGAGCAGUUGUUUGACAGAGAGCCCACACACAGACUAGGAGUUGUGGGAAACAUUCGGCAACACUCCUUCUUCAAAACCAUCAACUGGCAAGCCUUGGAAAGGAGAGAGGUUGAACCCCCUUUCAAGCCCAAAGUGAAAGCCCCGAACGACUGCAGCAACUUUGAUCGGGAAUUCCUGAGUGAGAAGCCGCGCCUGUCUCAAAGCGACAAGAACUUUAUAGACUCCAUGGAUCAGUCUGCGUUUUCCGGAUUCUCCUUCAUAAACCCCAAAAUGGAGCGCCUUUUAGAAAACUGAGAGGCUGCAGCAGCAGUCUGAAAACGAGACUUCAGUGCUAUUUAUGGAGCAGCGAAUUGAUGAUCUGCCAUCAGUAUUUGUGUGACACAAUUUCAAACGUAGUUUUGUCUUUGGGUACGUAGUAAAUAUGCUGUAUAGUUUGAUUGUAUUGUGUUUUUAGCAUGCGUCAAUAGUCAGGGCUUUUGUUAGUAUUAAUAUUAAAGUGAUAGAUUUGAAUUCUUAAAUUUCACGCAACAUGGGGUGUUGCCUUUAAAUGGAUUUGAACCCCCCAGGGGGAGAUAGAAAGUUAUGUAAUACAGAGACUUUUAUGAUGUAAAUGAGGCAUCAGAUCAGCAUGUAUAUGAGCAACAAAAUGCCAGUUGUCAAAAUACAAACAAAUGAAUGUUGUAGUAUCUCUUCUUGCUUUGUAGGUCUGAUAUUUCAGAAUCAGCAGAGCUGUGACUGUCAGAAGUAGUCGGUUGUACAGUUGGCAAAAUGUAAAUAUUAAAUACAAACAACCAGGCUUUUUUUUUUUCAUUUGAACAGGAAAUUGUUUGGGGAGAAUGAUGUGCAGCCAUAGGUACAAAGUAAUGUCACAUAGGCCUACUUUGUGAUUAGAGUAUCAAUCUUUUUAGAAACAAUACAAGUAUAUAUUGUUGUGAAGUGCAUGUUGACAUAUGUAUUUUUAUUUUGUUUUAAUUAUUAUUUCCAUACUCUCUGAUUAAAUAUUGUCAACUCAUGA